AUGCGUGCGGAAGUAAGAAUCACCCUUCGUGGUCGCUCGGAGUCCCCUCCUGUGAGGCGAACGAAUUUGAGUGAAAAAACAGCAUUUAGACCAGUCGAGAGCGGCAACGCAGCUGCCGCUGUUGCCGUACGUCGACAUUCAGUCGCGACAACUAGUCAAUACGCGCCAAUCAGUGAGGACCAAUUAGAAACCACGCGGCAGACGAUUGGCCUAGGUGUGUAUGCGCGACGCAAUGACUCAGUACCAGUAACUACGUUUACACGCGACCUUGGAGCGGCAGCUACAGAAUGCUUGCCACCGGUGCAUCCACGUUCGGCUCCGUUCCGCGCAGCUGCUGUAGGCAGUAAUGUAAAUCGGAAUCAGUGGCUGAAUGGCCGACCGUCUUCUGGUAAUUUCAGUUCGACUUUCCUCAUUAACACACCUGGGCACGCGUGCGUAACCCGUUCAAAGAGCUUCAAGACACUUCGUCGUUGCGAAUCGACUGGUUUCUGUAAACCGCUCUCCGACUUCUCAGAAUCGGGCUCAUUCCUUGCAAGGCACGCCAGUUUUGAGACAACCUUGGCAGCCUUCUCUGAGCAAAGUGAUCUUUACGGCCACAUUCCCACAGCAGAACGUUCAGAAGACCCGUCUCCGCGUCUUCGCAGCGUCGCUUCCAUUGAAAACUUUUCAACCAGCAGUCCUAACGCUAAGCUUCCUCCAGCACCUCCCACAGCUACCCAUCGCAAUGGUGGUGCUGGCAUGUUAACCAGUAAUAAAGGCCCCACUACCCCUACUAAACAUCAAUCCUCCGCACUCCCCUCGAAAUUGCUGGAAUCUACAUCUUCACCUUCCCUCGAGCGUUCAGCUAUUAACAUAAUCAUGACAGGGGGUGGGCUGGAAUCAGCUUCAUCCAAUCAGAGCACGCCUGCCACCCCCAAGGAGAUGGUUGCGGUAAAGAGGCUCACACCACGACCCGCAGCAGGGCGGCAUUACUCACGUAUCCAACUGCCCUGUACAAGGGCAAGUUCCCGUUCGAACACGCAUGUAAUGACUGACAGCUUGAAGUUGUACGAGGAGCAGAUUUUCGCACAACAAAUCUCAAGCGGUCAGCGACCGCUUUCUUGGUGCUUGGAUGUGGGCUGCUUGGAUAACAGUGUAGCACGGACGCCGGACGAAAAUCACUCUUCAGGGUCCCCCUCGGCAACAAAUUCUUCCUCGACCAUGUCUUCCGCCUGUUCUUCCUCUUCUUCCUCCAACGCCUCACACGCUGCAGCACCUGCUGCAGGGCCUCCCAAGAUCGGCAAUUUCAACCGUCUUGCGUGUCUUCGACCCAGUGCUCUUCAAUUCUCGCCUUCAACAGAUCAAUCAAGUUUCUCACCAAACCUGAAGAGCCGUAACCUUUCUCCUGCAGUUCAUGCUGCUCGGUCAGGAUCUCCACACUGCGCUCCGGUGCGCAUGCACAGUCCACCACUGCCCCCUGGAGCAGCCAGUCGAGUGCCUCCGCGCUGUCGUCAGGCUGGUGCUCGUCAAGACGCCGCCUCCGCAGCUGUCAGAGCCGACCCCAACGCCACGCCCGAGGCCUCCACACCAAACGCCGAUGAGCCCAACAAGGGCCUCCUCUCAAACACCAACAGUUGUGCCUCAUCCUCGGCGGAUUCCUUUGCCUCAACCCUCUCCACCGUCAGGCCCGCCCGACCCGAGACCCCUCCAUCAACCCAGUCGUCUGCGAUUAAAGAAGAUCCCCUAACUCUGGCCACGGUGAGGCCUGACGACAGCUUCCCCAGUUCUUCAGUAAACAGCCUCAGUCUGCUCCCUCCGCCUCCGCCCUGGAAUAACACCGCAAGCUCGAAGAGCGCUGUUCGUCAGCUCUUCGUGUGCCCCUACUGCCGCGCGCUGGCGACAAUGUGUCGGUGUUCGGCGUCACUAAGCAGUGCAGCCACAGAGGACAGCCCGUCUUUCGAGGAAAACAGCGAAGAGGAGGAGGAGGAGAGCACAUACGCCUUUAGCACACUGGAUUCGGACUUUAUUGCCUGGAUGCGACUCAGUGUGAAAUAUGUUAAUUCUUCGCACCCAUGCUAUGCUCAGAGACAGAUCGAAUCAUUGGCAGCACUGACACGCCAAGAAAUUACGAAAAUCGUCAAUGUUUUCAAUACGAAUUCAAUUGGAUUGAGGAUGGAUUUGUGCGAUCUGCAAAGCAUUUGGUCAGAAGUUGUCAAAGGCUAUGAGGCCUGGGCCAUUUGUGGAUGUAUUAGAGCGUUCCAGCCACGUUGUGGUGCCUGGUGCCAGUUUCCACCCAAACCGUUUUGGUGUUCCGCUUGUGACUUAAAGCGACCGCGCUGUCGUCAAUCGCUUUGCUCUGUCAAAGUCGGUGGUGGAUCACUCUGCUUCGACAGCGAUCCCAUUCUAAUAAUGCUGCUCUGCUGCGAUGAGGUGUGGGCAAAAGCGGAGGGAACCAACAAGUUGGUUGGAACGAUCCGUGUGUACAUAAACCUCUUAAAGCCGGUCAAGAUGUCUCUGCGCCAGACGAUGCGCCACUUGCCGCCCCAGAGUGAGGACCCCUCGGGUGGAUUGGCAUCUGGCGGCGCCAUACCAGAUCGUCUCAUUUCCUUCUUCCUCCCACGUGGUGGCUCCCGUGUCCUUCAGCUCUCGGGUUCGACUUCCACACAAGAGGUGGUCCAGUGUCUCCUUGAUCGCUUCCACAUUCAAGAAUCCGCUAGCAAGUUUGCUCUCUACGAGCACACCCUCGAGGCCAACACAAGUAAGUCCUGCCUAACCACUCGUUAUACAAUGCUGCCGCAACAGUGCGGCCUGGGUCCGCUGCGUGUCGAAUAUCUUCCCAGUCGUGUGUGUUGUGUAUGCGUGCGUGCGGACGUGCGAGCGCGCGCCGCUGACGUACAUUGCGCACGCACUACCCGCCAAAAUCGAUACGUGCGUUGCGGCCACGUUAGCUUCUGUUCGCCCACAUAUCUGCACGAUAAUCGCGUCCAGGGCGAGACUCCUGCAAAUCCGUUAGGCCUAGAGGGCGGCUACAAUUCUGCCCCAUGCGAAGACCCGCUCUUCCCUGCUAAAAUGUGCACAACGGGGGAUGCCUCUUUUGAAACCGAUGUUUUUAGCUCCGUUUUUUUCUCGCGGAAGCUGCCCUCUUCUGAGCGCCCACUUUCCAUGGUGAUGCACUGGGUCCGUUCAGCUCUCGCUGCGGGUGAGGAGUUUGCUGUGUCCAUUCGACGGAAGCGUAUCGUCCUGCAGGAGAACGAAAAUUGGGAGGUCAAUUGGUCCGACUUUACGCCGGCAGAAUUGACCAACUUCCUGCGCAUUUUGGAGAAGGAGGAGGCGGAGUACCGGAACGCCAUUUAUUUUCAAUACGGUCUCGUUCGCCAACAGAUAGAGCAGAGGAUGGCCCAGAUCAGCGCUCACGACCGGCUUCUGGCGGCUCGCCACUCCGUGGCCACCACCUGUCCCCCGUCCGAGCACCUCAAUGAACCAGAUCAGCACCUCAGUGGCGCCUCAGUCUACCUCGGAAAGUCGCCGCCACAUGCCAGUCUCUGA